AGAACACCUAAAAGAAAAACAAGUCGCUCGCUCACGCGCAGAGAAAUAUCAUGGCGGACGUGCUGGAUCUUCAUGAGGCGGGAGGCGAGGACUUUCCUAUGGAUGAGGAUGGCGAUGAGAGCAUCCACAAGCUAAAAGAGAAAGCUAAGAAGAGGAAAGGACGAGGCUUUGGUUUGGAGGAAGGAUCCAGGUCCAGAGCCAAAGAGGACUAUGAUACCGUGGAGCAAGAUGGGGAUGAACCAGGUCCUCAAAGAUCUGUGGAGGGCUGGAUCUUGUUUGUGACGGGCGUGCACGAGGAGGCCACAGAAGAAGACAUCCAUGACAAGUUUUCAGAGUUCGGCGAAAUCAAGAACCUGCACCUCAACCUCGACCGUAGAACUGGUUACCUGAAGGGCUAUGCGCUGGUGGAGUAUGAGACGUACAAAGAGGCGCAGGCUGCCAUGGAGGGGCUCAAUGGUCAGGAACUGAUGGGUCAGACUAUCAGCGUAGACUGGGCAUUUGUCAGAGGACCGCCCAAGAACAAAAGGAGGGGUGGCGGGCGAAGACGGAGCAGAAGUCCUGACAGAAGACGGCGCUGAGUGGACAAAGCAUCUUUUGCAUCACAUCAACAGUUUUUCAUCUUUUCAUAAAAAUUAAACUCAGAUAUUUGUUUUGUACAUUAUUUAGAAUAAGUACAUGCUACACCCAGCAGCUCUUACUGAGUUAAGGAGUUAUUAAAAAAAAAAAAAAUUGGUUGAACAGUGUAAUAGAAGAAAAUGUUUAACUGUUAGUGAAACUGUGUAACGCAACACCUACGUGUUAGUUGUGCAUGUUAAUAGUUUUUCUUCAAAUGUUUCGGGUUGUAUUUUAUGGUGAAGUGUUUUGUGUUUUUAUAAUCUGGGGAACAAUAAAGGUUUUAAAGACUAAAA